AAUUGUUCGGAGUCUCUUAUCUCGGUCCGUCUUGUUUUCACAUCUUCUCGGGUUUUUUCGGUGUGAAGAUUUUUCAAGAUGGUUAAUAUAGGCAAGAACUCCAAGCGGACGCCCGUCCGACUACGACAUAAGAUUGAAAAGGCUUCUGCGGCCAAGCAACGGAAGCAGAAGAAGCUUGCGAAGAAGGAUCCUACAUGGCGCUCGAAGAUCAAGAAGGACCCCGGUAUCCCCAACCUCUUCCCGCACAAGGACAAGCUGCUUCACGAGAUCGAGGAGCGCAAGCGGUUGAAGGCCGAGGAGCAGCAGCGAAUUCGCGAUGAGGCUCGUGAGCGUCGCGCCGCCCAGAAGGCCCAGUCCGGUCAGACCGCCCAGGUGAUCGACGGUCAGAUCCAGCAGGAUAUCGACAGCGAUGGCAUGGAUGACGACGAUAUGGAUGAGGAUGGAGAUUCUUCGAACCCCAUGGCUGCGCUGCUGGCGUCUGCGCGUGCCAGAGCGGCCGAGUAUGAAGACGAGGAUGACGACGAGAUGGACGAGGACGACGAUGAAGAUAUGGAUGCGAUGGACGACGACGAGGAGGGCGGUGCGGCUCUGGAUGACGACGAGGCUCCUCAGCUUGUCUCGCAGUCUCACGGCAAGGAGACCUCGCGACGACAGUUCGACAAGGUGUUCAAGCAGGUUAUUGACAAUGCCGAUGUCGUUCUGUACGUGCUGGAUGCUCGGGACCCUGAGGGCACUCGCUCCAAGGACGUCGAGCGCGAGAUCAUGUCUGCCGCUGCCGGAUCCAAGCGAUUGAUCCUCAUCCUCAACAAGAUCGAUCUUGUGCCCCCGCCCGUGCUGAAGGACUGGUUGAUCCAUCUGCGUCGGUACUUCCCGACUCUGCCGCUCAAGGCGUCCAACGGCACCGCCAACGCCCACAGCUUCGACCAUAAGCAGCUGACCGUCAAGGGCACCUCGGACACGCUCUUCAAGGCCCUCAAGUCCUUCGCGCAGACCAAGCAGCUGAAGCGCUCCGUCUCCGUCGGCGUCAUCGGCUACCCCAACGUCGGCAAGUCCUCCGUCAUCAACGCCCUCACGGCCCGCCUCAACAAGGGCUCCAGCAACGCCUGUCCCACCGGCGCCGAGGCCGGCGUCACCACCAGCCUCCGCCAGGUGAAACUCGACAGCAAGCUCAAGCUCAUCGACUCGCCCGGUAUCGUGUUCCCCAACGCCGGCGAGAAGAGCACCAACAAGAAGAGCAACAAGAAGAAGCAGGAUGAGCACGCUCGUCUCAUCCUUCUCAAUGCCGUGCCCCCCAAGCAGAUCGAGGACCCCGUUCCCGCCGUCAAACUCCUCCUGAAGCGCCUCUCCACCACCGACGGCCUCCUCCAGAAGCUCCUCAACCUCUACGGUAUCCCCGCACUCUUCCCCACUGGCGGCGACCAGGUCAAUGACUUCCUCAUCCACGUUGCCCGCAAGCGCGGUCGUCUCGGUAAGGGCGGUAUCCCCAACAUCGACGCCGCCGCCAUGACCGUCAUCAACGACUGGAGAGACGGCCGCAUCCAGGGCUGGGUCAACGCUCCUGUCCUGCCGGUCGUCACCACGACAGAGGGCGCCGCGGCCACGGAGGUCGGACCCGGUGUGGACACGAGACAGAUCGUCACGGAAUGGGCGAAGGAAUUCAAGAUCGAGGGAUUGUGGGGGAAUGGGGAUGAUGAGAUGGCUGAGUAGAUCAGUAGCACCAGUUCUGGGGACCUACAUCACCAUUUGGUGUGGUUGUAUCUUCUUUUGACUGCUGAUCUAGCUUUUCAUGUCUUUUCUUUUGUCUUUCUUUUUCUUGAUUUGCUGCUUCUGUGGAUACCUAAAAAAAGAAGGCGUUGCAGGCCUGGUUUUCUUUGAUCUUUCUUUUUCUAAUGUUGACUCGACUUGAUUGAACUGGGUGAUGAGAUCCGUGAGCUAAUAGAUGUUGAUACUUGAUGAUGAAUCUAGAUGUCUUUCGUUCAUGAUGUGUCUUGGGAAUGCCUGCUAGAUGGAGUAGAGUAAUCUGUGUUUUCUUUUUGUCUAGAAGGUAGGCAGAACAAUAUAGGUAACUAUCUAUCAUUCGUUCGGCCUCUCAGAAUCCAUUCUUUGAUAAAAGCCAAAUCCUCUAGGGGAGAGCUAAUUUACUUUACAUUCAGAAGGUAGCUUCUUGCAAUAACUUGGCAGCAUAAAAGGGCGACGAUAUCAUUAGUGGUAUAAAUAGAUGUUAGCUAUUCAAACAGUAUCGUAGUAAAAGAUAAUAAUCAGAUAGUAGAUACCUUUUCAUCGAAGGUCUCCGAAACUUCUCAGGCAACGAGAGACGGGUUUUGGUUACUCUUAUAUAACAUGCGUAAAAUCCACUACGAAUAGCCCAUUCCUAUUUGAACAAAAGGCCCCAGGAGCACAAGCUAAUGGAGCCUCUUUCAAGAUAAAUAAGAUAGUACAUAGAUAGAUACUUCUACUUUCCUUCAGCAAGAACCGCCACGGUACAUUUCAGAGAAGGCCUCCCCCGCCUCUGGCCGAGAUAUCCUCCAGGCACAUGGUUAAAUUGUGCAACUCCUGCAGCAACACGCUUGGAUCAUCACACUUCUGGGCCGUGUCAAAAUCGAUCAACGUGGCAUUCGAAUCACGAAUGAGGAAGUUGAACCGAUUUGUAUCUCCAUGUCGAACCCCUAAAGCAUGUAGCCGAGAUAAUACCUCCCUGCAGGCCUGGACAUCCUCAGCACCAGCGUGCCGUGCAUUGGGUAUGUAUUCCAUCAAGAACCCCAUUACCCGGCCGUGCUCAGUUAAAUGGCCAAAGAAUUGAAGCCCGAUGUUAUGGUCGGAGAUCUAUUGGUAUGCUGUGGUUUCGUUCUCGAUGUAUUGGAUCUCCCAGGGGAAACGGGCGAAUUUGGCGACCACAGUUUUGUCGAAUGAUGGGCAGUGGACUUUGUAAAUCCCCGUCCGUAGUUUUCGUCCGAUUGAGAGAUUCAGAUAAUCGACGUAGGUUUCAUGCCAAGUAUUUCGAACCCCAGGGUAUCGAGUCAGCCUGACAUAUGCAAAACGUGGCCGAGCAUCGUUGGCGUCUUGAGCAACCAAACCAUCGUUCCAGUUUCCCGGGGGGAGUUCGGGCAAGAUAGAAACAAGUGAAGGACCAAAGCACAUAUCUUCGGUGCUAUAGAUGCCGGGUUCAAUGAUAAUGUAUUUGACUGUCUGGCCGUCAACUAACAGGCGGAAAAAGCUUUGGUCGUUCUCGUCGACCUCGGCCUGGAGUAAGUCAAUUCUCAUUUGGUUGCCCAUGUUCAAGACAAAAGAUUCGAGUGAAGACGAG